AUGACAACUUCCAAAUACGCCCAGAUCUCCCAACUCGCAGUCUCCUUCGCUGCCCCGCAAGUCCUGCUUGUUGAAUUCAACAAACCCCACAAGAUUAAUGCUGUCGAUGCCAAAACAUGGCGAGACUAUGCCCGCAUCUUUGCCAUUGCCUCCACAGAUCCUGAUGUGAAUGCUAUUGUUGUUGCAGGCCAAGGUGAACGAGGGUUUUGUGCCGGACUAGACUUAAAAGACACUGAAGGAUUUAAUGAAAUUAGUGGCCAGGCUACAGAACCUUCACGUAAAGCUAUCAAGUCACGCGCACAUAUUCGCGAGUUUCAGGAAGCCAUCAAGUCAGCAUAUGAUUGUCCUAAGCCAGUGAUUGGAGUGGCCCAUGGCAUUUCCAUAGGACUGGCUAUGGAUAUCUUGACAAACGUCGAUAUCCGUCUUGCAGCUGCAGAUACUAAGUUCUCAGUACGCGAGAUUGCAAUUGGCAUGGCGGCUGAUAUUGGCACCCUACAACAGCUCCCGCGACUUGUAGGUUCGCACUCGUGGGUCCGCGAAAUUGUUUUCACAGGACGUUUUUUUGGUGCUGACGAGGCACUUAAGCAAGGUCUUGUGUCAUAUGUGUAUCCGACGGCUGCAGCGGCCAAAGAGGCUGCCAUUAAGCUAGCAACUCAGCUAGCACAAUACUCUCCUGUUGGUCUUCAAGGAGCAAAGGAGUCGCUUAAUUAUGCUGCCGAGCAUACUCUUGAAGAUGGGUUGAAGCAGAUUGCUGCUUAUAAUUCCUUUGCAUUGCAGACUGAUUUCUAUGAGGGUAUUUCUGCAACUCUUGAGAAGCGCAAGGCCAGAUAUGAAAAGUUAUAA